CUUACACAUCAGCUGAUUUUCAGAAGACAUGGCCAAAAUGUUUCACUAUGUACAAGUCACGGCUGUCCUUUUCUUUUCUUUUGGAUAUGUAACAUUUGUUGAGCCUGGUAACGUGCUUGUAGUACCUGUUGAAGGCAGCCAUUGGCUUAGCAUGCGUGCAGUUGUGGAUAUGUUGGGGCAAAAAGGACAUCAGAUUUUUGUAGUAGCGCCAGACUUUAAUAUCCAUAUUCAAGCCUCUGAAGGUUAUAGGAUCAAGCUCUACCCUGUGUCAUAUUCCCGUGAAGAUCUACAGAAUCAUUUAAAAAGUUUUGCAGCUGAAGUUUUCACAGAAAGACCUCUUUUGCAGAAGUUUAUGAAAAUACAUGAGAAGAUGAAACACGGAGCAGCCCUAAUGUUUGAUACGUGUGUUAGACUACUGAACAACAAAGAGUUAAUACGGACCUUAGAAGAGACAACUUUUGAUGUUAUUUUCACAGAUCCCGUGCUUCCGUGUGGCCAGAUCCUUGCAGAGCAUCUUGCAGUACCCUCGGUGUACUUUUUGCGUUCCAUAUUCUGUCACAAAGAUGCAAUAUCUUCUCAGUGUCCAAUACCACUGUCUUAUGUACCACGGCAGUUAUCAGGCCUUGCUGAUCAUAUGAUUUUUCCUCAACGGCUGCAGAACUUAUUUUUUGAAAUAGUUUCACAUUUUCUGUGUGAUGUACUUUACUCUCCAUACCAGCAACUGGCUUCUGAGUUCCUUCAAAGAGAGGUCAGUUUACACGAAAUUUUAGGUCAUGCAGCCAUCUGGCUAAUGAGACUUGACUUUGCUUUUGAUUAUACAAAGCCGGUGAUGCCCAAUAUGGUCUUUAUAGGGGGAAUUAACUGCGUUCAAAGAAAACCCCUAAAUCAGGUGAGGAUUCUAAGUAUUUGA